AUGUACCUGGUCACCUUCAUGGGGAAUCUGCUCAUCAUCCUGGCCAUCACCUAUGACUCCCACCUCCACACACCCAUGUACUUCUUCCUCUCUAACCUGUCCUUUGCAGAUAUAUUUUUCACUUCCACCACUGUCCCAAAGAUGUUGAUGAACAUCCAGACAGGGACCAAAAUCAUAACCUAUGAAGGCUGCCUCAGCCAGAUGUAUUUUUCUAUGCUUUUUGCAGUAUUAGACAACUUCCUCCUGGCUGUGAUGGCCUAUGACCGCUUUGUGGCCAUCUGUCACCCCCUGAACUACAUGGUCAUCCUGAACCCCCAGCUCUGUGGCCUCCUGCUGCUGGCAUCCUGGUUAUUGAUAGUGUCUGUGUAUUAUGGUACAGGUUUUGGAGUGUAUCUUAGUUCUGCUGCUACUCAAAACUCAAGGGCAAGAGCAACAGCCUCAGUGAUGUACACGGUGGUCACUCCCAUGCUGAACCCCUUUAUCUACAGUCUUAGAAACAAGGACAUAAAGCAUGCCUUAAAACAACUCUUCAGAUGUGAAGCAGUAUAA